AUGGCUCUUUGUUUGGCAAAUUCAUUGGUGGCUCGUCGUGGUUUCGUACCUUAUGAUCAAUUAGUUCGAUAUAAAUGGUGGUAUCAGCAUGGAUAUAUGUCAUCUACUGGACGGUGUUUUGACAUUGGCGCAGCUACUUCUCAAUCAAUACAUGAAUUUAUUCGUCGUCAAAAAGUGCUUUCCGCAACAUGUCAUAUUCCUAGUGAAAAACUAGAUUAUCUUUCAGAUCACAAUCUUCUUAAAAAUUUUCAAGUUCAUUGCAGUACGUCUGGUGUCGCUGGUAAUGGAGCUCUUAUGCGUCUUGCACCUGUACCACUUUUUUUCUAUAAACAUCCAAAACAAGCUGUAGAAUUCUCUGGCUACAGUGGACAGAUUACACAUGGUGAUAAAAAAGCUUAUGAUGCAUGUCGAUACUAUGGAGCUCUGAUUUAUGCUACACUUAAUGGCUUUAAUAAAAAACAGUUACUUGAUAAAAAUUUUUACAAAAAACACAAGUCGUGGUUCGAUGAUAAGCCACUUUGUGAAGAAAUAAAAAGAAUUGCUGAAGGAUCUUAUCAGAAAAAGGGUGGAUAUAAAGAUGGAAUUCGUGGCAAAGGUUAUAUAGUCAAUGCUCUUGAAGCUGCUUUGUGGGCAUUUUGGUCUGAUAAUGACUCUUUUGAGCAGGGUGUACUUGCUGCUGUUAAUCUUGGUGAUGAUACUGAUACCACAGCUGCUAUUUAUGGUCAAUUAGCUGGUGCAUACUAUGGAUACAAAAACCUUCCUAAAAAAUGGGUAGAACAAGUUUAUGCUAAAAAAUUUAUUUUAAACUUGAGUAAAUGGAUAGCAUAUGAAGGAGAAAACUGGAACGAAACGGACCUUCCUGGAAUUGAUAUCGUUGAUGAAGCUAAAAUUUGA